GGGCCCAGCGCCGCCGACAUCGCUAACCAGGCUGCCGCGCAGGCCUCCGCCGCCGCCGCCGGCCUCAAGGGCGCUGCCGCAGGCGCUGCCGGUGCCGCAGCCAACCAGGCCGCCGCCAUCGCCGCCGCCGCCUCGCAGACAGCUCAGGCCGCCGCCGCCCAGAAGCAGUCGCAGGCCGCCCAGCUGACGCAGGCCAGACAGGGCGCCCACGCUGCCGCCUUCGCCGAGUCCUCCCUGUCGGGGCAGGCCGCCGCCGCCGAGGAGGCGGCCGAGAACACGCACAAGCUCGCCCUGUCGGUGGCCGGCGACCUGGCCGCCGCCAGGCAUGAGGCGCAGGCCGUGGUGGCGCAGGCCUUCCAGGCGCUGCAGGCUGCGCGGGACGUGCGGGCCACGCAGGCCGCCAUGGCGUGGCAGGCGCAGCAGGCCGCCCAAGCCCUGGGCCUGCAGCAGAACGUGGUCGUGAGCGACCUGCAGUCCGCCCUGGGCGCCGCGGCGCAAGCGCAGGCGGCGUCCGCCAAGGCGCUGGCCAAGGCCAAGGGCAGCGGAGGCGGGUACAGCGGCGGGUUUGGAGGCGGGUUCGGGUACGGCCACUGAACCCACACACUGCUUGCACAGGCUCUGGGACGUGUACAUAGAUCACAUGACGAAUAAAUCUGCUUGAAUUUA